GACCUUCAGCCAUAUUCCUAAGCACCAGAAAAACACAUACCUUUGGAAAAAUAAUAACCAAAGGAAUUUUCAUGUUUGAGAUAUCGAAAAAAAACAGAACAGUGCUGUUUAGUAAAGUUUACGAAGUGGCCACCUAAAGGAGCUUCGAAUACCUGAGUUAUUAUUAUUAAAGGAUAAGUGACUUGUUAUGCGAUUUCAAAUCAGUAAAUAAGUCACGAGCACCGACCGCUGUCAAAAAAAUUAAGUUGAGCUAACUUUGUAUUACCGGAAAAGAAAAGAAUUAUUCUGAAUUAGACUGAAACGAUACCAUGGCGACUAUUAAUAUUAGACGUGAUGUUAAGGAUAGCUUUUAUCGUUACCAAAUGCCGAAGCUACAAUCUAAGAUUGAAGGCAAAGGUAAUGGUAUCAAAACGGUCAUUCCCAAUAUGACCGAUGUUGCUAAAGCCUUGGGAAGGCCUCCUUUGUAUUUAACCAAGUUCUUUGGUUUUGAACUUGGAGCGCAGACUACCAUUGUCGCUGAUAUGGAUCGUUACAUCGUUAACGGAGCACACGAUGCUGCCAAGCUUCAAGACUUGUUGGAUGUUUUUAUUCGUCGUUUCGUUUUAUGUGCUUCUUGCCUAAAUCCCGAAACAGAAUUGAGCAUCAAUAAGAAGGAUCAAACCAUCACUUACGACUGCAAAGCAUGUGGUUAUCGUGGAGAAAUCGACGGCAGACACAAGCUUACGGGUGUUAUUGUGAAAAAUCCACCUGCCAAAAAGUCCCAUAAGCACAAGAAGGCUUCCGGUCAUGGAGAGGAAGAUGAUGCUGCUGAAGAUGAGCUUACCCGUCGUAUUCGUAAGGAAGCUGCCGAAUUGCCUACUGCUGAAACAAUCAAUGAGGAAGAUUGGGCUGUUGAUACAAGUGAGGAAGCUGUGCGUGCUCGUGUUCAAGAAUUAGAAGGUAAUAUUGAAAAUGUGCUCUCUUUGAAUGAUUCACGUGGAGAGGAUGACGAAGCCGAUGCUCGUUAUGAUGAAUUUGGUCAAUGGUUGGAGUUACGACUUCCCAUGUCUGACGUUGACAUUUACAAAAAAAUGAAGGAAGAAAAUAUUCAUCAUAAGAGUAAGGCAAUUGCUGUCUUAGUUCAACGUAUUAUUCGCCCUCCCUUCGUAGGUCAGUUUGAAAAACAUGCUGCCCUUUUCAAAAAGCUUUGCAACAGUGAUAAGCACGAGCGAGCUAUUUUAGGAGGCUACGAACGUCUCAUUGAGUCGACGAAGCUUCAGCACCUGGACUCUGUAUCUAAGGUUUUAUUAGAAAUCUAUGAAAGCGACUUGGUUUCUGAAGGAACCUUAGAGAAAUGGGGCGCUAAACCUAGCAAAAAAUACGUUAGCCGUGAAACUAGUAAGAAGAUUCAGGAAUCCGCUCGUCCUUUCUUGAAUUGGCUUGCUGAAGCCAGCGAUGAAUCUGAAAGUGAAGACGAGUAAACUUUGAUCAAUUUAAUUGGUCUUUUGGAUUUUUACAAAAGUUUAGGUUUUUCAGGCUCACCCUAAGUACUGCAAAAUAAGAUAGGAAUAUUGCUCGAUUACUCCUAGCAAAUACUAUUUUUUUAUCAUUGCACAUUAUAUAGUAGAUUGUAUAUU